UGCUGUACAUGGCCGGCCAAAUACUGUCAACAUCACUCACGACUGUACUAGCUACAUUUAGGCCGGAUUUAAAAUCCACCCAGGGUUUCUGCUGCUGGUGCUUCGGAUGUCCAAGUACAAACUCUUUCUGCUGAGGCAUGGGGAGGGGGCCUGGAACAAAGAGAACCGUUUCUGCAGCUGGGUCGACCAGAAGCUGAGCCCGGAUGGGGUGAAGGAGGCCCAGGACUGUGGUCGGCUCCUGAAAGAGCAGGGCUUCAAGUUCGACUUAGUAUUCACUUCCAUACUCAGCCGCUCCAUCCAGACAGCAUGGCUGGUGCUGGAAGCAAUGGGUCAGGAGUGGGUCCCUGUUGUGAAGUCCUGGAGACUGAAUGAGCGCCACUAUGGUGCCCUGAUUGGCCUGAACCGCGCGGAGAUGGCUUUACAACAUGGAGAGGAAAAGGUGAAAUUGUGGAGAAGGAGCUACGACAUCACGCCACCACCGAUUGAUGAAUCCCACCCUUACUUCCUGGAAAUCUACAACGACCGCAGAUACACCACUUGUGAUGUGCCAAAGGAGAAGCUUCCCCGAGCAGAGAGCCUGAAGGAGGUGUUGGACAGGCUGCUACCAUACUGGGACAGCACUGUGGUGCCAGAGAUAAAGGGAGGCAGGACUGUGCUCAUUUCUGCACAUGGAAACAGCUGCAGGGCUCUGCUGAAACACCUGGAAGGUAUAUCGGAUGAGGAUAUUGCCAGCGUGACUUUACCUACAGGGAUACCUGUGCUGCUCGAGCUGGACGAAAACCUCAAGCCUGUAAAACCUCGACAGCUCCUGGGAGACCAGGCAAAGAUCCAAGCAGCAAUAAAAAAGGUGGAGGACCAGGGAAAAGCUAAACCGUCUACUUGAAUAUGCUAAACUGGCUGUAAGGCUUAAUAUAGUUCUGUACUGGUUGCCUGUGCGCACUUUUUAUAGGCAAAAUUAAAACUCUUGAAAAGACUCAAAUAAUAAUAAUAUAACAUCAGACAAUAACAAAUAACAAAUUGUUGUUAAUCAGAUUUAAAAGGAUAGCUGUGAAGUUGCCGUAUGUGUAAUAGUGGCCUAACCGGGAGACAGAAAGUGUGUCACAGGUCAGACUGGUCCGACAGGAGCUGGAGGAAGUACUGUAAACGUUUUGGUACUGUGUUGAGUUGUUUUAUGUGUAAGCACUGAUUUUUAAGCUAACUGUCCCUGCUUAUGCCUGUAUGGUGAUCCUUAUGGGGUUAUUUAUUUAUUUACUUACUGACUCCAACUGGCAGAUUAAUAGUAAUGUGGCAAAGAUGGAAAAUCUUGAAAUAUAUUAUAUGCAUAAAGAAAAACAGAGUCUUAAAAGAUUUUUUUCUGUUACAUGGAUAAGCUUUAGGAAUAUUUCCCUUGCAAUUAAAAGGUAUAUUAUGCAGGAUUGUCAGUUACCAAAUUUAAUCUCAUUUGGUGUAUUGUCUUGCUAAUUUUUGCCUUUCUUGUCAGCGUUGUGUCUCUUGGAUGUCUGCUGCUUAUGAUCUGGCACCUGGUUGCUAUGCUAUGUUUUUAUAGUGUCCCGACUUCACCUGAGCACUGUGAGGGCACACGCUCAUAAAUAUCCCAAACACAGAAAAUAAGAAAAUACAGUCAGAGGGCAGAGUCUCUGCAGAAAAAUAGUGAUGAUUGAGGGGAUUGCUUCUGUAUGAGUGUUUUUGAGGAAAAUCCUGCAUAGUAUAUCUUUAAAUGUGUGCCUUCAGUAUUAACCUAAUGCUCAAGUCAGCUACUUUAUUAAAAAAAAGCUUAUUGUAAGAAGAGCAUCAAACAGGUCAUUGAGUGAUUUUAUUACAAAAUAAAAGCACUGCAUUAACAAAUCUUACCUCAUAGAAACUGAUAGCCAGCCCAUUCAUAACAAGAAUGGGGUUAUUGUGAGUCACAGAAAUGCUGUAGAUAUGCAACGCCACUGAAAUCAUCUAUUAUCCCUCGUAUUUGAGUUACUCAUACUUUUAAACUGCCUACUCAGUGAGAGUAAGACAGCUGAAGUUGUUUUUCUCUGAGGUUUACACAGUACAUUUACUCUGUUGUGUUGAAAACACUGUGGCUAUUUGGUAUGAUAACUGGUUCAUGCUUUGCACUUUUUGAGGGUAUUUUGUGAGGAUUUUUUUUUGUUGAACCCCUUAUUACUUCGAUGCAACUACUGUAAAUGGUAAAUACCAUUAUUUUUGGAUAAAUAGGAGUUGAAUUGUUAAACACAAGCACUAUUGGUUUUCAUUUUAAAUUCUAAAUUAUAAUACAUGUGCAAUGUUGCUUAUGUUAUGCUAAUAACAGGCUUGAAAAAGUUACAAAGUCAUCUUUUGAGUGUGCCCAUUAUGUCUUGUAACAGCACUGUCUUUCUCGUAUGUUACUGCUGUGUGUGACACAGGCUACUUCAUUGUAUGUUGUAUUUUGUCUCUUUUUUGUAGGUGCAUCAUUUGUUUUGCUUGUGUUUUGUUGUGUUUCUCAGCCAGUGUUAUUUUGUACACUGGUCUGUUAGAUCAACAGGGGAAAUGGGAUAGGUUAAGAACAAGCCCUUUUAGAUACCUAAGAGUAGAAAGCUGAUGUAUUUGUAAUGUCAUGUCAGAUGGUUCAAAUUCUUCCCUGCUGUUCACAUCUCACCAUUUGAGAGUCUGCAUGAUGAAAUAAAAGGGAAUUUAAAUUUUCCUAAAAAUU